CACUGUCAGAUUAGACUGUAAUCCGGGCGAAGGAGGAGACGCUGUCAAAUCGCGCUGUGCAUCUCUGGGAGAAACUCUGGCUCUUUUUAAACUCACUGAACAGAGAGAGAGACAAAAAUAUUUUUUUUUAAUCACUGCUUUCUUUCAUUUUUGAUGUCCAAUCCGUGGCCCGUGCACAGAAGAUGAAACGCCACUCUUCCUCUGCUCUCUUUGACUUAACAUGAAGAUGUUAGCCGGCUAACUAGCCCGAAAAAGAGCAACUAAAUCGGAUUAGCUGCUGACAACAGCCUCUCCCUCUACGUCCAGGUAUUUUUAGCUGCACUUAGCAAGGCGUAAUAACUCGGCAAACUUUAUUUAUUUAUCAUAUUUUAUUUUAUUUUUAUAGCAGAAUCAAGAAUACAACUUUGUUUGUGUUUUAUUUACUCGCUAGCAUGAGUGUUGUUUCGAGCUAGCGACUUAAUUAGCUCCUCAUCAAGAGCUCGAGCCACUGAGCCAGCGCGCGCGCGUGUGUGUGUCUCUGUGUGUGUGUGUGUGUGUUGGAAUAAGCCUGGUGCCUCUGUGAAGCAACGACAACAGAGCCAAGACGGAGGCGCUAGCUUGUCCUCGGGCUAGCUGGCAAGACAGAACUGUCCAAGACUUGUGAACCUCGUAAGAUUUGAUAGUCUCCGGUGGACGCGAAGAUGUCCGGAAAGGACAAAGACAAGCAGGAGAAGCAGGAGAAGCAGUCCACAACAGAGCGGCUGAUAAAAGCUGUGCCAUACCCGCCACAACAUAAGCUGACUACGAAAGAGCUGUAUGAAAACGGCAAGCCCAACGCAGAGCUGCUCCGCAACCACCUAGUCAAGGAGGGCAGGGUUGAGGAAGAUGCGGCUCUGAAAAUCAUCAAUGACGGGGCCAACAUCCUGCGCCAGGAGAAGUGCAUGUUGGAAGUGGAAGCGCCAAUAACAGUAUGUGGUGACGUCCACGGACAAUUCUUUGACCUUAUGAAGUUGUUUGAAGUCGGUGGGUCACCCAGCAACACACGCUAUCUCUUCCUCGGUGACUACGUAGAUCGAGGAUACUUCAGUAUUGAGUGUGUUCUCUACCUCUGGUCGCUCAAGAUCAACCACCCCAACACACUCUUCCUCUUGCGUGGGAACCACGAGUGCCGGCACCUCACAGAGUACUUCACCUUCAAACAGGAAUGUAAAAUUAAAUACUCUGAACGGGUGUAUGACGCUUGUAUGGAUGCCUUCGACUGUCUGCCCCUUGCCGCCCUGCUCAAUCAACAGUUCCUGUGCGUACACGGCGGACUCUCACCAGAAAUCAACUGCUUAGACGACAUAAGGAAAUUAGACAGAUUUAAAGAGCCUCCAGCUUUUGGGCCAAUGUGUGACUUGAUCUGGGCUGAUCCUGGUGAAGACUAUGGCAGUGAAAAGACGACCGAACACUUCAACCAUAACUCCGUCAGAGGCUGCUCUUACUUUUUCAGUUACUCGGCCGUGUGUGACUUUUUGGUAAAUAAUAACCUGCUCUCAGUAAUAAGAGCCCAUGAAGCACAGGAUGCAGGGUAUCGGAUGUACAGAAAAAGCCAGACCACAGGCUUCCCAUCUUUAAUCACAAUCUUUUCAGCUCCAAAUUAUCUAGAUGUCUAUAACAACAAAGCUGCUGUAUUAAAAUAUGAGAACAAUGUGAUGAACAUCCGACAGUUCAACUGCUCCCCUCACCCGUACUGGUUACCCAACUUCAUGGACGUCUUUACAUGGUCUUUGCCUUUCGUUGGAGAGAAGGUGACGGAGAUGCUGGUGAAUGUGCUGAACAUUUGCUCAGACGAUGAGCUCAUGUCAGAGGGAGAUGACCUUUAUGAAGGCGGCACCUCUGCGAUGCGUAAGGAGGUCAUCCGGAACAAGAUCCGCGCCGUGGGGAAAAUGGCGCGCGUCUUCUCAGUGCUCAGGGAGGAAAGUGAGAGCGUGUUAACGCUCAAAGGCCUGACCCCAACUGGAACUCUUCCAGUGGGAGUGUUGUCAGGAGGAAAACAGACCUUACAGACCGCUACCAUUGAGGCAGCUAAGGCGAAAGGCUUCUCUCCGACGAGGAAGAUCCGCAACUUCGAGGAAGCGCGAGGCCUGGACCGCAUCAACGAGAGGAUGCCGCCGCGCAAAGACGGCCAGCAGCCGGACGGUACCACCGCCAUCAACACCAUCAACACCAACACUCCCAACAACAACGGCACUGGAUAGAGUCACAUAUCCCCGAUUCAUCCUUUCUCUCUCUCUCUGUCUCUCUCUGUCUGUCUCUGUCUUCUGGGAGGCCGAAAAUCACCGUUUUAUUCUAGAUUAUUUUUGUUUGCGUUGUUUUUUUUUUUAGCAACAAAUGAUUGUAUGGAGACUUUCAAACGUGUCCUAACUUAUACAUGUCAAAGUAUAAAAGAGUAAAUUUUAUAAAUUUGAGUUGACACACUUAGACAAAUCCCCCCCCCCUUUUAGUCACUUUACUAUUAUUAUUACUUUUAUUUAAUUUAGUCUUUUUUAAAUGUGGUUUCCAUGUGUCCACGGCCUCAUGUGGAUUUUAGGCGCUUUGAGAUUCUACAUACGAUGCAGUGUUUGCUUAUAUAUGUUUCAGUUAUAUAUAUAUUUAUAUGU